AUGCUGUGUGCCAUCUCGGGAGAGGCACCUCAAGUGCCCGUCGUCUCGCCUAAGAGCGGCAGCGUCUUCGAAAAGCGUCUCGUCGAAGCGUAUAUUGGCGAGCACGGAAAGGACCCCGUGAACGGUGAAGAGCUUGCUACGGAGGAUCUUAUCGAUGUCAAAUCGCAGCGCGUCGUUCGUCCUCGGCCACCCACGCUCACCUCGAUCCCUUCCCUUCUCAGCGUUUUCCAGGAAGAGUGGGAUGCUUUAGCUUUGGAAACAUACACAUUGCGGCAGACCUUGGCACAGACGCGACAGGAGCUCAGUUCGGCGCUCUACCAACACGAUGCUGCCGUCCGAGUUAUCGCGCGAUUGACACAGGAGAGAGACGAGGCCCGUGAUGCAUUGUCCAAGGUCACGGUCGGGGCCACCCGCACCGCUAGCGGUGGCGAUGAGAUGCAGGUCGACUCUGCUGGCCUGCCCGAAGCGGUGGUAGCACGGGUUGAGGAGACACAGGCGGCGCUCUCCAAGACUCGCCGUAAGCGCCCUGUCCCAGAGAACUGGGCUACCAGCGAAGCUAUCUCGUCAUACCAGCCCAAAGAAAGCUCCGAUGAUCUAUAUCCUGGCGGCAAAGCACUAUCCGUUCAUUCUUCUGGAGAAUUGGCUCUUGUUGGAGGCACCGAAGGGGUGGUUGGUGUCUACUCGAUUAACGACAAGCGUGUGGCACAGACAUUACAGACAAACGGUCCAGUUACCGAUGCUCUCUGGGCUGAAGACAAGGCUGUGAUCGCCUCCGCUACUGGGUCCGUCAAGGUCUUCGAGAACGGCAAUGAGGUUGCAAGCUUCAAUUCGCAUGCUGGAGAGGCAACUGCCCUUGCAUUGCACGCUACUGGUAACAUUGUUGCCUCUGUUGGCGCUGACAAGAGCUAUGUCUUGUAUGAUUUGACGACAAACUCUGUGCUCACGCAAGUCUUCAGUGACGCAUCUCUUUUAUCCGUCAACUUCCACCCGGAUGGUCACCUCAUUGCUGCAGGUGGCGUUGACGGGAAGAUCAAGAUCUUUAACACCACAUCUGGCACACCUGCUGCGGACUAUUCCUCGUCCGGUCCGAUCAAGGGUCUGUUCUUUUCUGAGAACGGUGUUUUCUUGGCUGCGGUUGCAGAGAAUUCCACCGUCGUCUCCAUCUGGGAUCUCCGUCACUCGAAGGAGACCAAGGUGCUCGAUACGGGUAGCAAGGUUGACUCGAUCUACUGGGACUACACAGGCCAAUUCCUUCUGACUGGAGGACCAAGUGGUGUGACUGUUCAGAAAUUUACCAAGUCUACCAAGGAAUGGUCAGAGCCAUUGAGGAGCGCCGUGCCUGCGGCUGCGGUGCAAUGGGGACCGGCAGCCCAGAGCAUUGUCGUCUUGAAUGUUGAAGGUGGAAUCACGGUGUUGGGGCCCUAG